UGUGUUUUUUUUUCCUUUACUUUAUUGGUGAGUCGACUCUCCCUCUCUGAGCUCUGUGCUUCCCGUCUUGCUCCAAAUCUCCACGCUUCAGACCGGCACUAUGAAGCUCUGGCUGUUGGUGGGGCUGCUUCUGCUGUGGUCCCAGCUGGAGAAUGGUCUCUGCCAGAACUUCAGGCGGAGGAAAGAUUCAAACGAAAGCCGCAGCAAACUGAUCGGCAAACGGGUGAAAGGUCGCCCACCGAAGCUGAAAGAGAGGGACCCUCAGGGCAGAGGGGGGGCGCUGCUGACGCAGGUGCUAGACAAGGGCCGUUUCCUGAGGCUGGGGGACAGCCUGACGGUGCCUGCAGGAAAAGACCUGGAACUGCGCUGCAAGGGUUCCAGGGUGGGGUGGACCUACCCCACCUACCUGGACAGAUUCAAUGAGUCACGCCUCAGUAUCAAGCAGCAAGAUAAAUUCAGCCAGUUGAUGUUGACGUCGCCCUCUGCUGCCGACACAGGGGAGUACAGCUGCUGGGUCGUGCUGUGUGAUGGAGCUGAGUGUGAGAAAGACCCCGACCGCACCUCCUCUACCUACAUCUACUUCACAGACAAGGACGAGCUGUUUGUUCCGUCCAUGGUCUACACUGAGAUGGUGUACCUCCGGCCGGACCGGCCGGCAGUGGUGCCCUGCCGCGUGACCACUCCCCAGGCCCAAGUGACUCUGCACAGGGAAGUCCCACCAGGAGAAGUGUCUGCCUCCUACAAACCCACCAGCGGCUUCCUCAUCACUGACCCCAGGCCUGAGCAUAUGGGUAUUGUCUACUGCAAGGCCGCCGCCAAGGGCAUGAUGCAGAUUUCCAACAAGUACCAGCUGCUGUACGUGGAAGUACCCAGUGGCCCCCCAUUUGCGACCAUCGAGGCUUCUGCCACGUCUGUGAGGGGAGGUGACAAUGUUAACAUCACCUGUACGGUUCUUGGGGAGCCGGAGCUGGACGUGGACUUCACUUGGACAUACCCGGGUCAGGACCAGCGCCCGGUGGCCAUCUACGGAGCCUGGCGGCUGAUCACCCGUGGCGUGGGCCACACCACACGGAUCUCCCAAAGCGUACUCAUGCUGGAGGACAUGGAGACCAUCGACUUUGGGAGAUACAUCUGCAGGGCAAAAAACCGGCUUGGGGAGACAUCUGUGGCUACCCGUCUAGACCCACUGUAACGGUACAAGACCCCCAUGCCAAAGCUGAAAAGGAAAAAACACCAUCCAAAGAGAUUCCUCAUUAUCUGGCAGACUCCUCUCUCUGACCUAUAGGAGUCGCUCACGUUCGUUAUCACUUUUCUUCUUCUUACCCUAUGUUUCACUGGUAGCUAAGACUUGCGUGAAUGUGUUUUGCAGCAUAAAACUGCCUUUCUGGCCAUUUAAUGUUUCACUGCUAGAAUAUUUACUGAUAUUUACUGAUAAUAUGCUGCCAUUUGAUUGUAUUCCACUUCUCGUAAAUAUAAUCUCACAUAUAUCACUGUUCAGUUAGCCAGCGUUAAUUAGUGUUAGUCGAUGCUAGACACUUAUGCUCUUGCAGCUGUAUGAGGGGUAUCAGUGAUUAAAAUUUCUUAAAACUGA